AUGCCGUCCAUUCGAGUCGACGACACUGCUUCCGCCCCGGCCAUCGCUGACAGCUCCCACUUCAACGGAAUCUACUUUUCCACGGACGGCACCAACGACGCACAACGUGACCGCACAAACGACCGUCCAGCCACUUCUCUCAACAUCUCGCACACUCGCUCUCGCGCCGCCACCCCACCCACUCCUCUCAACCCACGCGCUCCAGAGUUUAUCCCUUCGUACAAGCACCCAAACUCCCCUCGUGCAGACGCGUCCGUCGAUGGCCUCGAACCUUUCCAUCAGCACGUCAUUGACGGGGUGGUAAUUCGCAUGACCCCCGACAAGGGCUGGGGCGUCUUUACAUGCAACGCACUCAAGCGAGGCACCCUCAUCAUCAAAGAACCGCCUCUCAUCGCCAUCGCCACCGACUCGCCUUCCGAUGCCUGGCUCCCUUACUGCCGCCUCGGCAAGAACAAGACAAAGGUAUACGACAGUCUCCAUUCCUACGCCAACCCCGGUCUUGCCCUUGAACAGCUAAGCCGACAAUAUCUCCUCGAACUUGACGACUUUGUCGAGGGCGAGGAGUACGUCAACGCCCUGGUCGCCGAGCACGUACGCGUCAUGAGCAUCUUCGCCGUCAAUCAGAUGUCCAUCACGCCCACCGGCCGCGGUGUCUUCGCCAACACCUCCCGCCUCAAUCACUCCUGUGUGCCCAACGCGUAUGCCUGCUGGAACCCCACGCAGCAGCAAAUGACCGUCUACGCCAUCCGCGACAUCCUCCCCGGCGAAGAACUGUGCGUGAGCUACAGCGACGGCGACGCCCAAUUCGCAAUCAGCAUAAUCCGGCAGGAACAGCUCGGCUGGCUCUACAACUUCCGCUGCACCUGUCCCGCCUGCGAAGACCAAACCGGCGCGUCCGACGCGAGACGCGAACUCAUGACGCGCCUCGUCUGGGGCCUGGACAAUUACGACAACGGCAACAUCUUCACCAGCCACCCCUACAUCCCCGCCGAACCCAUCUACGCCCUCCGCCAAGCGCAAGACCUCGUCUCCCUCUUACUGCAAGAAGGCCUCUUCGACACCGAGCUGUCGAAAGCGUACCGCCGUGCAUCAGGCUACGCGCUCGAUCUUCGUGAUUUCCAGACGGCGCUGAAGCACGCGUACCACGAGAAGGACAACGAGAGGUGCUGUCUGGGUGCGAUGAUUGAUGAUCUCCGUCGGACUGGCAGCGCGUCGGAGUGCUGGCUUGAGGUGAUCUACGAUGUUAUCAUGCGGGAGCAGGGGCUGGAGGCGGUUACGAGGUACCGCACUAAGGCACGAGGGAUCAAGAAGCGGAUCUAUAAGAAGGCGACCAAGGCCGUGCGUAAGAUGGCGGCAAGCGCUAAGAACGGGAACGCUUCUCACUAG